GAGACCCCGAGAAGAUAAGCGUUUUUGCCGUCCCGCGGGAAAUUCCCUGUUGCUGUCCUUAUCCGAAUGUGGCGAUAACGCUCGCUUUGUACAUACAGUAGUGUUUCGCGCGUGAACAACAAACAUAUCCUGCUCAACCACCACGGCGCCCGCAGCGGUUCCGAAUUCGCUCAGCCUCCACCACAAAACCCGGAAGAAUGUCGGUGGCCAAGUUCGAUCUGCGAAAGGUACACGAGAAGUUCAACGAGAGCCUUUCGGAAGAGGACGAUGUUUAUGUGGACCAGUAUCUGGAGGCGUUUAAGGAGUUAUAUAAAUUUUUCCAGCUCAUGGGUACGGUGUUCGGAUUCGUCAGCAGCGACGUGAAGGAAAAGGUGGAAAUCCUUGAGAAGCUGCGUGCGAAAGAGAAUGCCGAAAGCUUUCUCACCAUCCGCACGAUGAUGGAGUACGAGCGGGAUUCGAAUUUGCUCAACAAAAAGGACUACGUGUCCGGUAGCCGGACACUGCUACGGCUUCAUCGUGGACUGGACUUUAUACAGGAAUUUUUGAAACGUAUUGGUGAGCUGGAGGCCGAUGCAAAGACGAACGGAGUGUGCCAGGCGGCGUACAACGAUACCCUUGCUCAAUUCCAUCCUUGGAUCAUCCGGAAAGGUGCUAACGUUGCUAUGUACGCGCUCCCCACGAGGGACCAGUUGCUGGAGAAAGUUUGUCUCGAUGUGACCGUUGCCAUAGAUCUGCUGCCCGAAAUGCUUGCCGUAACGCGGAAAGUGUACGAUCGUACCCAGGAUCUCUACACCAAGUACGAUCUGCACGGUUUACCCUGAACCCUCGGCGACCGACGACGUGCUUCCCUGCGGCUCGUGUUUGUUUGGCGUGCUUUUAAUCCGUUUCGUUUUAUGUUUUAAGUAUUUGUUUUUUAAUAAGUCAAUGUGAUUGCUUAAAGUAUUGUCACUGCGCUGAUUGCUAAUUGUGCUAUUAGAGGUAGCUUUCGUCAGAAGGUGUGCUUUUUUGAGUUGCUCGUGUACACGGAAAUCGGAUUUCCCGGAUCUCAGCAUCCCGAUAUUGAACUUAGCUGGCUGGGGCCGUUGAGAGCGAGACCGACCAGCUAAAUCUGCUCAAUUUAAACAGCUAAAAGUAGAGACAGAACGACAGAGAGAGAGCCCAUAAUACCACUAAAAGACGCUUUACAUUCCGGUUAUUAGUCGUUUGUAAGUAGCACCUUAUAGCCUGGUAUACGAGAGAUGCAGAUAGUUAAAAGGUGAAAUGGAAUGUUUAUUUUAACAAAUAAAUCAUGUGACAAUAUCUGCAAAA